AUGUCUGAGCCCAAGGGCCCGACCCUGAAGCUCAAAUUCGGCAAGAAGCCCGCACCGCCGCCAGCGGUGCCUGCGCCUGUUGAAACUGCACCAGCUGCACCACCAAAGCUUACCCUGAAAAUCGGUCGCAAACUACAGCCACCACCCGAGCCAUCCGAAGAGAAACCAAAGAAGAAGAAGGCAUCAUCGAAGAAACGGCCAGCCGAGAAUGCAGCGCCGCCUGAACCCGCAGUCGCCCAGCCAGGUCCGAAGCGGCUCAAGUUGAACGCCUCCAAGCUCAAGUCGAUCCGCAUCAAAAACAAGGGCCAUGUUCCCAACCGGCCUGUCGGUGUCGGGUACGACUCGGAGGCAUCAGAUACGGAGAUGGAUCCAUCCAUCGAGGAACAGUUUAUCUUACGAAUGCUACCAGGUGAGGACUGCGAUUACCUGCGGCAGGCUAUUGAGGAGCGGAAAUUCGACAAGUCCGAAUUCUCGUUCAAACCGCUUAAUCGCGAGGGAAGACGCGCCAUUUUCAAGGUUCGGAACAAGCAGUAUGCGGCAUGCUUGGUUGAUUUGCCCUGCAUUAUCGAAGGCAUGAAGAGUUGGGAUCGUCGGGGUUGGUAUAAAUCUGCGGACAUUUGCCAAAUGCUCUUGGUACUGGGUACCGUCACAAGCGACCAAGAAGCGCUCGAUUAUCCUAUUCCACCAGAGCUGGAGUCUGCCGACGCCAAGACGUUACAAUACCCCCAUGGUCUAGCGCCACCUUUGCGAUAUGUCCGAAAGCGACGUUUCCGUGAUCGCGUCAGCACGCGCACCAUCGAACAAGUUGAGAAAGCCGUCGAGGAUUUGGUUGCACAGGAUGAACAGUCCCUUUUCCCUCCUAGGUUUGACCUGGUGGACGGUGCAGCCCUGAACCGUGCCGAAGGAUUCGUGCAGGAGGAUUACGAUGAAGAAUACGAUGAAGAGCAGGAUGCUGAGGGUGAGGUGGAUGAGAUGAUGGAUGACUUUGAGGAUGACCUGGCUGCCGAGAUGGAAGCCGCGCUGGCUGCUGGAGAUGACGACGCAGCAGCAGCUGUUACAGAGGCAGUGCAAGCGGCAACCGCAUCUACACCAGCCGCGCCGACAGAAGGUGGAGGUGAUUCUUCAGGUGAAGAGGAAGUCUCCGACGAGGACGACGAUAUCCCAGAAGAUGAUCUCGAUGAAGAACAGCUGGAGCAGCAGCGCCAGCUCCAGCAGCAUCGGGAGGAGAUUGCCGAACUUGAAACUCUCAUUCAAACUGAAACUGCACAGUGGCAGAAGGUGCAAAAUCAAAUUCUACGCAACAAGAUGGGUCGCCGCAUUCAAGAGCUUAAGAAAGAUCUGGAGCUUAAGAAGGUGUCUAUUGGCAUGCCCGGCGAGAACGAUGAAUGA